AUGUGUAAUUCACAAAGAAACUCCAAGGCCUGGGGUUGGUUAUCAGUGGAUGUCCCUCCCAUGCCCCUUUCGUUUUCACAAAAUCAACAAAACAAGUUGCGGAAACCACGGGAAGAGCAUUGUUCUAUUGCAGGUGUAGCAGCCAAUGGAGAUGUUCCAGCAAAAGAACAGACAGCCCCAGAAGUUUUCUCAAUGGAUGGUUCGGAUUGGGUGGAACUUUUUGUUAGAGAAAUGUUGAAUGCUUCUAACAUUGAUGAUGCCAGAGCUCGUGCUUCGGGAGCACUGGAAGUUUUGGAGAAGUCCGUUCGUGCACGUGCGGGAGCAGAGGUGGCCCAAAAUUUUCACCAGGAAAAUAUGGUGCUGAAAGAACAACUGGAAGCACUUAUUCAGGAAAAUAAUAUUCUGACGCAAGCUGUGGCUGUUCAGCAUGAGCUUCAGAAAGAGUAUGAAAAUCAGAGUAAGGAGUUGAAGCAUUUGAAGCAACUAGUGUCUCAGUAUCAGGAGCAGUUGAGAAUCCUUGAGGUAAACAACUAUGCAUUAACAAUGCCCUUGAAGCAAGCUCUGCAAAGUAGCUCUAUCCCUGGCCGUUUCAACCCUGAUGUUUUCUAGUAUUUGGCUUUUCAGAUGACUUGUGUGCAACUUUAUGCUUGAAUCCUG